AGCGGAUGUUGACUCGGAGCUGCAAACGUCAAGCAACUUCAGCAACGACCGCGGGUGACAGGCAGAGUCUCUCUAAAGCAGGUCCAAGCGCAUUUGCCAGAUUCCUCAGGCGGGAUCUUUCUUUUGGUAGCAGAAUAAAGAGUUGUGAGGGGAGCACCGUGUCCAACCCCUUUCCCUAUACAUACAUCCGGCCAGAAUGUCCAGUGAUCCUCCUCCUCCGUACCCCGGGGGUCCCAGCGCCCCCCUCCUUGAGGAGAAGAAUGGACAACCUGUUCCUUUGAGGAAUGCUCCUAUACAGGGACAGCCCUUACCUCCAGACUAUGGCCCUCCACCCUAUGAGGCCACAAACCCCGGCUUCCUGCCCCCCCAUGUUCCUGGAGACGGACCCAUGCCCAUGCCCAUGCCCAUGCCCAUGCCUCUACCCCAAGGUGGCUCCUACCCGCCCGGUCACUUUCCGAUGCCGGGACCCAUGGGCCCUGGUCCCAGUCACUUUGUCCACAUGGGGGGGCACACAGCCACCGUCCUGGCUCCUCCUGGAGCUGCCACCACUGUGACCGUCCUGCAGGGGGAGAUGUUCCAGACCUCCCCGGUGCAGACUGUGUGUCCGCACUGUCAGCAGGCCAUCGUCACCCGCAUCUCCCACGAUGUGGGCCUCAUGAACACACUCUUCUGCCUGUUCUGCUUCUUUGUAGGGUGUGAUCUGGGCUGCUGCUUGAUUCCCUGUCUGAUUGACGACCUGAAGGAUGUGACACACACCUGCCCGUACUGUAAGGGCUACAUUUACACAUUCAAGCGUAUAUGCUAACCACCGACAGCAGUAUGCAACAGAGACGUACACACACACACACACACACACACACACACACACACACACACACACACACACACACACACACACACACACACACACACAGCUCCUCCUGCUGGUAGUAACAGGCUUUCCCCUCCAUUUUUGCAAAGUGUUGUGAAGCCCUCUUAAAUUGUAAGUGCAGUUUUCUCAUUAUUCACAGAGUAUUUACUGUAUAUAUAUUUCAGCAUAACUCUUUCAUGUAAAAAACAUGCAUUUAAAAUGUACAAAUCUCACAGAAGAUGUCGGACACUUAGAUAUCCGCAGAGGUGGAUAAGCAGCAGGCCCAUUGGUGCAUCUGGUCCUGUAUAGACACCUGAAGAAAAGGCUAGUGAAGUUACGCAUGUGAAUGGCAGAAGAUACUGGAUAGAAACGGUCAGUUAGUGAAAGCUGUGAAAACGGUCACUUUAUUUAUUAAAUUAAUCUGUGAAUCUUGCUGAGAAGCAAACGUAUUGAAGUCGAACAUGCUGGGUUAGCUUUGUUAUUUUUUUCCUGUAUUUAUUUCAGAUAUUUUAUCCACUAGCUUAACAUGUUAAUAUUGAUAACUGUGAACAUGUUUGUCUAUGUCCGACCUUUGCUCUAACAAACCUAGUUUUUUCCUUUUAAUCAUUAUCCCGUACUGAAUGUGAGCAAACUAACGAACCAUUUUAAACAGAUGUAUUUGCUUGUUUAGGAAUGCCCAAGAUUCAUGUUACGUUCUAUAUUUAAUAAUCUUCUGGGCUUUCAGUCAGUAGUCACACGUAUUUAGUGAUUUACAGUCCUGCCCUCUGUCCAUUAUGUACUUAUUUUGAUAGUAAAUCAAACAUUUGCACUUUAAGUUGCCCUCUGAUGCAUUCAUCCACCUCGUUAGUGUUUGGGAGAUUUGAGGAUUCACAGUGUCAUCUCAUGAAUAAAAGCAGUGUAAUAUUUAGGUAGACUUUAAGUAGAGCCAACAAAAGAGGUGUACUGUUACUUAACGAGACACAGUGCAUGGCAUCUUGGCAAUCUUACGUCCUCUCUAUAAGACCAUGUUGGCAAACAAAUGACCGUGGUGGCACCAUCAUCAUCACAUGACAUGUUUAGCCUGUAGCCCUCCUAGUAAUGGCAUCAGCCCUUUAAGAUUACCUGCAUUGUUCAGAUGCAUGUUAGAAAACAAAUACAGAGGUAUUUUGACUAAUACUAAAUAGUGAACAUCUCUGUUAGGAAUAAGCUUCUAAUAAAUGAUUGUAUCAGAUAUCCUGCAAAAUAACAAUGUGAUUCCAUAGAGAUGACUAACAAUGGAACAUCCAUUGUGUGCCCACCACAGCAUGCUCAAUCUGCCCACCACCUUCUCUCACAAUGUGCAGUUUGUCUGCAUGAGCCACACCUCAAAACAAAGAAUUGUCACUGGCUAGUUCCUGGACUCUAUGUGCAUUGGAUUCUUUUUCUUCUUCUUGAGGCUAGCUAAACUGUGCGAGAAAGUGAAUUUUGAUUUGAAGGAUUGCAUUGAACUUUUAAUACAAAGUACUGUAUGCCAUUCUUGUGCAUAAUGCUGGUCUGCAUUGCUCUCUAAAUGUCUGUCAUAUGUAUAACUAUGUCAACAUUUGUUUGACUGUUGUAUACAGGUACUAUUUUAUCAAUAAAAAUCAGAACAUAAUGA